CAGACGGAGCACUUGCACAACUCUUUGGACUCCUUGAGGAAAUGCAUCUCUAUGCUUCACACGGCUAUGGUCACCACUAUCAAACACCGAACCAGUGAGCAGGCCCAAGCCGCCAAAACGUACAUUCUGGACAGGGUGAAAAGCACUGUGAAAGACAUUGUAACUACACUCGAGAGUUAUUGCCGUAGAGGUGGUGUUGCCUUAGGUCCGUGUGGGUACUACAUUGACAGGCGUGAUGCUUUGAUAAGGCUACUGGCCAGUUCUUCCUCCUCUUCCUCGAUCAGUAACGUUGACAGCCUCUUAAGAGAUCUUGUGUUCCACUGCAUGGUGGUGGCCAACUCCUCACAAAGGGAGCUUCAGCACUGUGUGGUGGAUCAUUGCCGACAUGUCCUACAUCUCUGGUCAGAAAUGUCCAGGCUUGUAAAGCUUCCAGAGAAUCCUGAUGAUGAUAACCUGAACCAGCAUUUACAGAGUAUCUGUUUUUCACUGAUGCAGCAAAUCCAGAAUCUUGACAGUGCUAUGAUGACUGCAGUUCUCUAUCAAGUUCUGGACACGUUUGUUACAGGGUCAAGUCCACUCGAAGAUCUGGUGAAUAUGGUUGGACAAGUCUUGGAGAAUGAUUCAGUUAAAGAGUUGCCGGUAGAUCCCGUUUCUAUCCGUGUAUUGCUCAUGGAUCUUCUAACACAGGCUGAUAGGAUGAUCCAGGUUGCAAGUUUCAUCUCGGCUUUCGCCACGGAUUCUAAGAGUCUAGAAAAUGUGGAGAACUCAAGGGCAUGCCUCACGCGUCUGAAGGCUGAGAUCGAACCUCUUGCACUGGAGUUGGAUAAAGACGGUUCAGACUUAGAGAACUGCUUUGAGGCCGUGCAGAAACUCCACGAUGUGUGUGAGAGAUGGGAAGAGGAGACCGGUCAGCUGCAGGAUGCUCUUUGUGACAUCAUCGAUGUUAGAGAAUUCACUAGCUUGGCAGUUCACGAGAUGGCUAACGACCAGUGUGGAUGCGACGCGGCGUAUAAAGCCCAGAACCACAAACUGUUCAGAAAGCAUGCCGAUGACCUUAUCUCCCACACAAAACAGGUGGUUCACUCUGUUAGAAGACACGUAGACAAGAGUGACAACCCCAUCUACCGCAAUGGACUCCUAGUUCUGUUGAAACAGGUCGAAGCGUCACAGGCCAAAGUGGUCGGAUCUGUCAGAGACAUGUGCUCUGGUUCCAGUCUUGAUGUGAAUGUAUACUCUGUCUUUUCAGAUCACACAUUUGUGGUGAUCCAGCACUUUAGAGUGUUAAGAGAAGGGCUGGAUGGACAGCAACAUCCACACCUUCUCAGUCCACUGCGAGACGCUGCACGCCAGAGCAUAGUCUCAUCCUCAGUCCAAGCAAACAAUCAGGUUCAAGGAUCAGCUAUGGAUCAGGAAAUAAGAGACCUUGGCCUUCAGUUUCCUGUUCUAGAUGUUUCAGAAAGGGAUUCACCAGUUGAAUAUAAAGUUGAGUUCUCAGAAAAAGAAAUUAGAGAGCCUAUGAUGGCAGACAAAGACUUCAAUGAUGAUUUAAAGGGGCCAGCUGUUUCAGGUGAAGCGAAUCCAUUCCCAAAGCCUCUUGAUUUCGACCUUUUGCCCCUCUUGUAUAAGGUUGUGACUGUGACUAAAGAAAAAGAUAUAACGGUCCUCAACAAAGCCUGUACAGGAGUUCUCAAGCUUUCAAAUUGUUACGCUCAGGCUGCGAAAGAAGCUUCAACUAUUGUUGAUGCUGUCGAUAGUCAGACAUUGGAUAUCUUCAGAUCAGAGUUAGUGGCCCUGACGCCUCAGUUAGUCCAGACAGCUCAGGAGACUGCGAUGAGCUUAGCUAUGAGCACGGACAGUCUCUACAAACACAGUACACUGUUCUCUGACCUGAUCAACAACAUCAGGAAAGUGCUCUUACCAGCUGCUGGAACCUGGUACCAUGCCGUUUAUUCAAUGUUUCAAGGUCGUCCACGAAACAUGGCCGCCACUGCCAUUUCUCAGGAACUCAGCAAAGUCAUGAGUUUGUGUGCUGAUGUGGUGCAGCUGUUGAUGUCGUCUGAUAUAACGCCACCAAGUGACUGUCAGGAGAGCUUUACAGUUUUGCACAGCAAGCUGAACAAAGCCCAUAACAACACAAGAGAGCUGACAGAACUUGCUAGCUCAUCAACAUCAGGUCAGGCAGAUCAACUUGAGGGGCCUUGUAUUCUGUGGGCACUGUCAGUCCAAGUUUUACUGAAUUCUUUGGAUAAGAUUUUAGGAACAAGGGAAACAUUGAUGAGACAGUUGACCCCUCAGAAAAGGUUGGCGGCCAUGUCCGAGAACUCACUGCGAAUCCAAGAGGCAGCGAGACUGACUAGCUUGAAUUGUAAAAGCGCCUACAAAGUGAAAACGUUGACACAACUUCAGGAGGAAUUAAAGACUCUCACUGAGGCAUACUUACAGGUAGCUGAGGACCUCUGCAUUGUAUCUCUCUCAGGCAUCCUCCAGUUUGCCAGGUCAGAAGUUCUACAAAGACAGCUUCUGAUUAAAAUGAGGGUGCUAUCUGGCCACUUGAACAAAGCAAAUAAGGACUAUGUCACCGCAAUUCAAAAUAUCGUAAACAUUGCUUAUAAAGCUUCCAAGCACCACAAAGAUAACAAGACAUCCAAGGAGGCCCAAGAAACAUUUGAGACUGCUGCAGAGUUGCUUUUCGAGAACUCCAAAGCUGCUACCAAGAGGGUUGAAGACUGUUUCAACUACAUUCACAGCCCUCGUGCUCGGAUUAACCUGAGGUCCAUCAAUGAUCAUCUGUCCUUCCAGAUCUCGGAUAUAGUGAGCCGAGCCAGACUGGUAGUGGAGACCCACUGUAUCUACGACACUCUCAGUCUGGAGAUCCAGAUACAGUGCUGGUCGGCCAAGGCUCACUUUUUAGCCGAGGAAAUCUAUAAGGUGGAUGGGCUAAGCCAGGAGGCUAAGGAACACGUCAAGGUUGGUCUGCAGGGUGGAACACCAGGAGAUUCCAAAGAAGGGAUGACUGAGAGCAAUCUUUCUCCUACUCUGAAGAAGCUUGAUUACCAACCAGACAUUGCACCCUGGCAGACAACCAAUCCAGAGAAUAUAAAUACCACAGAACAGAAUUCCAGUAUCUGUGGUGCAAUGCUCAAAUAUGAACCUGCGAUGGCAACAAAACAGUAUGAUGCCCCAAGGUCUGCAUUCUUCAGAGACACCCUAUCCCUGACUUACCUCACCCCUUCCCUCACCUACACCACAAUCACCCCAUCUCUUACCUACACCGCCUUGUUCCUCAAACAAGAGACAGACAGGUGGGACGCUCGGGGCAACCGUAUCGUUCAGGUAACCAGGGAGAUUGCAGACCAGAUCUACCACAUGGCCCAGUACCUGAGGAGGAAAGGGCCCAUACUGAGCAAAGAGAUGUUUGUCAACACAGCAAAAGGCGUGGUCUCAAAUUGCCAAUACAUCACCCACUUUGUGAGGGUCAUAUCAAACCACUGUCUGGACAAACAGUGUACUGCUGAACUGUCUCUCAGAGUGGAACAGAUUCUCACCAUCACCAACCAACUCACUAUCAUCUCCAGUGUUAAUGCAUUGACCCCUGGAAGCAAGUCUUCAGAUGAGAUCCUUGUGAAGAAUGCCCAGAACCUGCUUCAGAUAGUUCUGCAUGGGGUCAGAGCAGCAGAGACAGCCUGCAUCAAGGGUUUGAAACAGCCGGAGCCCAACUCAGAUGGGGUGGAGGCAGCAGCGCUCUGUUUCCAGUGGAAGAGGAACCUACAAAUGCACCGAGCCCAGCAGAACUGUAAUUCAGACACGGAUGAUCUUGGCCUGAGGAGAACCUCCCAGCACAGAGAAUCCCCCAGCCUGGCCCCUCCUCUUCACAUACAGAAACAGGGAUUCAAGUGAGCGUGUCAAACCCCAUGGACUGGACACCAGGAACUACUUGUUGCUACCAUGUAAACAUAUGGAUCAUGUCCACAGGACACACAACUUUGGGGAAAUGUAAUGAAAUAACUUCCAGUGUCCAGCACUUUGUUCCUAUGACAAAAGUUUUGUGACCACAUUUCUUAAAUACUAGAUAUGUUAGCAAGCACAUGAUGUGCAAUGCAUUACACUUCAUAGAAAUGUUUGGCUGUAAAGGCUAUUUUGAAAAUAGCAAAAAGUUUAAUAUCAAGGAAUGUGUAUUUGAAAUAUUUAUACAAAUAUCCUAUUUGUGUCAGAAAAGGAUGUUCAUAUGAUAGGUAAGAUAUACAAAACUUGCAGAGAUCCUAUCCAACUGACGAUCUCUGACAAAAAAAGAUAAACUAUUGGAACCAAGACUUAAAAAUAACUGAUAUUUCGGCACAAGAUUGAGGGAAUGUUGGAACAUAACUAACGAAAUU